ACCCCGGGCCCCGCACAGCCUGCUCCCUCGGGGAAGGGGCAGCAACACCAUGCCCUCUCCCAGCGGGUUUCUGCCGGCCCACUCAUCUGGGUCAAAGGUCUCCGUCCUUCCUGUCGUGGUCUAGCUGGGGCAAGGGUCGUCGGCCCAACCCCUGGGCUCCCUGCGGACCCAGGUCUCGAGAAGGAGAUGCCGGGUAGGGGUGCUUCCAGAGCCGUGCAUCACCGGGGAAGCAGGCAUCCUCGGCGUCCACCCUGCAGAUAAGGACACCGGGAGCCUGGAGUAUCCACCGCGCCUGUGCUGGGAGGGGCUGUGCCCUGGGGCGCCCACGGCAUCGCGGCUGCUCCACUUCUGACAGUCUCGUGCCCCCUGGGGAUGUCCUCACUUCCUCACGGAGCUGGCACUGUGGUGAAAUGGGUUCACUGCCCACCCAACCAGGACCCCCCGGACCCUUCCCUGGUCUACCGGCCUGAUAUGGAGGCAGAGGCGGCGGCCAAAGACAAGGGCAGCUUCCGAAACUACACGCCCGGCCCUCUCCUGGACCGUGUCUUCACCACCUACAAGCUUAUGCACACGUGGCAGACCGUGGACUUCGUCAGGAGGAAGCGUGCCCAGUUUGGGAGCUUCUCCUAUAAGAGAAUGACUGUCAUGGAGGCUGUGGACAUGCUGGACGGGCUGGUGGACGAGUCGGACCCCGACGUGGACUUCCCCAACUCCUUCCACGCCUUCCAGACGGCCGAGGGCAUCCGGAAGGCCCAUCCCGACAAGGACUGGUUCCACCUCGUCGGGCUCCUGCACGACCUGGGGAAGGUCCUGGCUCUGGCAGGGGAGCCCCAGUGGGCAGUCGUUGGAGACACCUUCCCAGUUGGCUGCCGUCCCCAAGGCUCUGUGCUUUUCUGUGACUCUACCUUCCAGGACAACCCUGACCUCCAGGAUCCUCUGUACAGCACAGAGCUUGGCAUGUACCAGUCCCACUGUGGGCUCGAGAACGUCCUCAUGUCCUGGGGCCAUGACGAGUACAUGUACCAGAUGAUGAAGUUCAACAAAUUCUCCCUCCCACCGGAGGCCUUCUACAUCAUCCGGUUCCACUCCUUCUACCCGUGGCACACGGGCGGCGACUACCAGCAGCUGUGCAAUGAGCAGGACUUGGCCAUGCUGCCCUGGGUGCAGGAGUUCAACAAGUUCGAUCUCUACACCAAGAGCUCUGACCUGCCAGAUGUGGACAAGCUGCGGCCCUACUACCAGGGGCUCAUUGACAAGUACUGCCCCGGUGUCCUCCACUGGUGACCGGCCUGCCCACACCCGGCUGGGUGCCCUGGGGUGACAGCCACUGUCAGGCACAGUGACGACCCACCCUGGCCUUUCUAGGGGACCCCACAUACCCACCUGCAUUCCCCGCCCUGUUGGCCCCUCUCCCCGGUUGCAAUAAAGACUUUGAAGCAGCUCGUGA